CCCUUGGGGGGGGGGGGGCAUCCAACUCAGGUUUUGCCCAGGGCUCCAGUUUGCCUCCUUACGCCCCUGGCAACAGGCCGUUUCUUUCCAGUUCCUGUUUCGCUUCCGCGUUGGCCGGGCGCACGCACGGACGUUGCACCCUUGGAAUGAUAGAAGUGUAACGAUUUUUAAGGUUGGAUUGAAAUGAUGGUAGAGUUGUGCGUGUGUGUGUUUAAACUCGAGGCGGUUUUACAAUCAGUAUAUGAUUAAAACAAGGGCAUGCAUAAAGAUAUAAAUACUAAAACAAGAUUAAAAACAUUUAAUUUGUAGAUGGCGUAAAAAGAGUCCUAAACAAUGUCCUAAAACCCGUUGAGAUGCGGGUUGCCUUCAUUCAUGGCCGGCUUAACGGGGACCAGUACCGGUGAAGAAGGCGACACUUUGCACGGAGCAAGAAGGCGUGCUCCCCAACAUAUCCGGAGCAGUAGUGUUUGGGGGCGGGCGCUUCGCCGGCUCCUCCCCGGGGGCUGCCCGGCGACUGCUUUCGGGUUCCGGAGGCGAAGGCAGACUUCCAUGGACUCGGCGGCGGUGGGGCCAGACGCGGAGCCGGAUAGUCCGGCUUGGGGGGGCUGCCGACCCGGAGGACGCCUGGAUAUGAGCCAUGGAUUCGUAAGGCACAUCAGACGCAACCAGAUCGCCAGGGAUGACUAUGAUAAGGAGAUGAAGCAAGCCAAGGAAAAAGUGAAGAAGAGGCACACACCAGCCCCAGCCCGGCCCAAAAAACCAGAUCAGCAGGUCUAUCAUCCCCGUCAGAGAAGUAGAGCGGACGUCACAUCUGGCCUGGAGUAUGAGGGCUCCAGUGAGAGUGGCUCCAGUACUGAGCUAGACCCUUAUGGACCACCACUCUUUUGCCUGGAAUAUGAGUCUGACAGUGGCAAGAUCACCUCAGUUGUUGUGCAUCAGGACAAUGACCCUGUUGAUGUGGUAGAGAAGAUCAGUGCCCAGAACCAACUGGACCCAGCUAUGUGUGAGGCCCUGAAGAAGCGGGUGCAGGAGGAGCUGGAAAAACGACGGGUAAAACGCUGAGGCACAGUGGAGAUAUCUGUGUUUGCCUGGCUGAGAAAUGCUUUCUGCAAAAGGGUCAGUGAACUUGUCCCACAGCAGCUGUCUUGGAGGCUUCAAGAGGGUCAGGGAGUUAGCUGAAUCUUAUUACAGGCACUGCUUCCUAGUAAUGGCCUAAGACUUUGUUGUCUGUGCCUAAAAGGAGUGAUUGUAAGGAGCCAGGACUGCAGGGAAAGAAUGCCAGCCCGAAAUGGUCCAGGGACUUUUUGAAAGCUAUUCAGGAAGACGUAGUCUAGCUGAAACCUAAUUGGAUGGCCUCUUGCAGCUCUGAGGAAGGGUAUCAUAAUUAAAUCCCUUUAUGGUGGUAGCCCAGCACCCUUUAUCUUCUCUUACAAGUUCCUGCCUGUUGAAUCUCUAGAUUAGGUAAAUUCACAUUAAUUGUUUUACAUUAUCUUGAGCUAAGCAUUCAGUUUGCCUUUACCUUUAAUGUGACCUUCGAGCAGCUUUAUAAAAAGAAUUCCCCAGGAUGGUUGUUAUGAGCCUGGAGGACAGUGUCAGGGGAGCAGGGCAAGCUACAAAACAACAGAGAAGCAGAUGCUACACUCUACAGAAAGUAUUGGACUUCCAUAGGGUUGCUGGUGGCAGUGAGCCUGAUAGUAUGCAUCUGGUCUAGACUUAGAUUUGACUCACACGUAUAUCUUUUUACAGUGUGCUGUUUCAAAAUGCAUUGGUUCCAGAUCAAAAUCUCACUAUGGCUAUGUAGAAAGGCUUCUUUCUAGCAUUUUAUUGGCAUUGAUAAACUGUGAAACAGUUGACUUAGCUAUGUCUAGCCUUCAGUUGAGUUCUCUUUUGGCUAAAUUUGCUCUUACAUUGUUGUGCAUUAAUAAAUGUUUUCAGAAAUUUUCUGCAUUAUUGUAAAUAAAUGCAUGAAGCUAGUCCUGUUUGAAUCCUUUGCUGCAGUUAAGAGCAGCAUACUGGGAUAUGGAUAUGUUUUGGGAGUUUGUCACACCCAAGGAAUGUAUACAUCUGCAUUAUGUUCUUUUAUUCCACUUAUGCAGUAUCUAGCUUGUAACACAAAUCUGCUUUGAAUCUAGUCUGUGAUGCUAUUCAGCUUCUCAGAAUCCAACAGGUAAAAUUUACUUCCUCAACAUGAAGCAGUCACUUUAACUCACAGAAAGAUUCAGUAACCAAAUGUACUGAAGUCAAAAGAAGAUAAUGAAGUACUAUUUCUUUCAGAAUGGUUGUUUUCACUUUAUAUGUUCAUUUCAUAUAUGACAAUGUAUCUUGAUGGGCAGGGGCGCAGGGAAAAGAAGUGCCAUUAUAAAGUGAAAAGGUUGAAUCCCUGAGGACAUCCAGUAAAGAUUUCUGUCUUGUAACCUGUUUUUUUUCACUGCAUUUUAUUGCAUUAUACAAAAUUUAAUUCUCAUUCUCUAGUUACUGACAAUUGCAACAAAUCCACACCCACAGAAUAAAAACAAAAGUUUGAUCUGUUAAUAAAGAAAGCCAGUGGUAUCUCCUUGUAGCACUGAGAAGAGCACAUUUGGAGGUGGUUCAUUCAGCACUGAAUUCUCAGCAAUCUACACAAAUAUUCUGAAGUUGCAUCAAAAUAACUACCAUGCGAGAGCUACCCAGCCAAUGAUUCUGUUUCCAGUGAUGCCAAUCAAAUACCUUCAGGGGCUCAUACAUAGGUAAUGAAGUAAGAGGUGUCUUUUUAAGUUUCUCAUAUACUCUGAUAACCAAAGGUAUUUUGCCUCAGGACAUUUUCAUUAACGCCAGAGUCAAAUUUGUGACUAGUGAUUGCUAUGCUGGGUAAUGCUGACUUGCUUCAGACAUGAGCAUCUUCUCAUACAUUUCUUAUCGUUUGGAUAAUAUUUUUCUCAAAAAAGGCUUAUUAAAGUUUUAUAUGGAUAAUAUUGUGACACAAA